CCCGUCCGUGGGCAGCGCCGAUCUGCAUAUGAGGCUGGCAGGAGGCUGGCUCCAGCGCCUCUUUCCUCCUCUUGCGGAUUGGGGAUAAACUGCAAGCAGGAGGGGCUGAGAGCAGCAACAGUAACACCCGGCUACCGGAUCUCAGUAGCAUGGCAUCAAGGAGAAUGGAGACCAAGCCAGUCAUAACGUGUCUGAAGACCCUGCUCAUCAUCUACUCCUUCGUCUUCUGGAUUACCGGUGUCAUUCUUCUAGCUGUUGGCGUGUGGGGAAAACUUACAUUAGGAACAUAUAUCUCUCUCAUUGCUGAAAACUCCACCAAUGCUCCCUAUGUCCUCAUCGGAACCGGAACUACAAUCAUUGUCUUCGGACUCUUUGGAUGCUUUGCCACUUGCCGUGGUAGCCCAUGGAUGCUGAAACUGUAUGCAAUGUUUCUAUCCUUGGUAUUCCUGGCUGAACUGAUUGCCGGAAUCUCAGGUUUUGUGUUUCGACAUGAGAUCAAGGAUACUUUUCUUAGGACUUACACCGAAGCUAUCCAGAACUACGAUGGGAAUGAUGAAAGAAGUCGCGCAGUUGAUGACGUUCAAAAAAGUUUGAGUUGCUGUGGAGUUCAGAGCUACACCAACUGGACUAACAGCGCUUAUUUUCAAGAACAUGGUAUCCCACCCAGCUGCUGCUCCAAUAUGAGCGACUGCAACCCAUCAGAUAUGCGCAACAUGACUAUUGCUCCAACUAAAGUGUAUCAGAGGGGCUGCUAUGACCUGGUCACUGACUUCAUGGAAACUAACAUGGGAAUCAUAGCCGGGGUGGCUUUUGGAAUUGCGUUUUCACAGCUGAUUGGAAUGCUGUUGGCGUGCUGUCUUUCCCGGUUUAUCACUGCAAAUCAGUACGAGAUGGUGUAACAUGGAUUCACCCAUUACUACAUCAGGAGCUGAAGAAAUGAAGAAGGAAUUUACAGAAUGUUAGAGCACACAACACAUUUACCAAGCACUCCGUGUUCCCAUUUUGUAGUGUAACCAUCCGUUCCAGUAAAGUUGUGCCAUGAAGAGUAGCCUAUAUAGUGUCUAACUGCACACUUCCUUCCGGGAAGGCUUUUCGUAUGAUGGCACUCUAUAUGUGUUCUUUAGUCAUAUCGUAGUUGUAUUGUUACUAUGAUAAUCCAUUAACUGCCUCGACCUGGCUGUGCAUGCAGUGGCUGAUACAAACAAAGGGACAAAGACGUCCUUACAAAUGGUUUAUUAAAUGUUCCACGCAUUUAUAUAAAUCAGUACAUGAAAAACAAAUAUAUCCUAUCUAAUCUUUUUUAUAUAUAUCUCUAUAUAUUUAUUUAAAAGGCAUACUUCCUUUUUAUUUUGCCAUAUACCACAUCAAGUAAAAUAAAUCUGUGAUAUUACAAUACUUGAAGAGUCAUGUUGAACUAUGUUGUGCUUUGAAUGGCAUCCAGUAGGCCUAAAGCUAGGCUGCACCCUGGAUUCUUACUCUGUGCUGUAUGCCUAAUGCUAAUGAUCUUCGUCUUGUGAAUUUUUUGCUUCAGGUUCCGAGAUCUUGUGUUUCACUGUUACUAAACUGUUGUUGCUUACUGUGAAGGAAAUAUAUCAAGGCUUUUUUAUCCUUUAGUGUACAGCUAACCUCAGUUGUGUUGUCAUGCGUAUUCCUUUCGUUCUUUCUUCCUAGCUAAUGUUCUUCCUGUUUUGUCCUGCACAUGUUGCUUUGGAAGUACAGCAACCAAAUGAUAUUUUACGGAAAGGGUGAAAACUUAAGUCUGGGUAAGGGCAGACAUAGGAAAUGUUUAGAUCUUUUUAAGGAAAAAUUUGGAAAAUAUUUUUUUUCUUAUAAUGUCUCCAUCUAGCAUGCCGAGGAAAAUGCUUUGAUAUUGUGAGCAUUUGUGAUAUAUAUUAAUAAACUGAACUACAAAGAAA